UUAUUGUCAUGGGAGAUUUCAAUGCUGUUCCUUCUCCAAAUAUAGAUAGAAAUAACGACAACAAUUCCUACACACCAGAAAGCGAAAUUUUUCCAUUACUUUCAAGUAGAGACCUUAUUGAUUGCUAUAGGGUCAUUUAUCCUGAAUCUAGUGGAUACACAUGGCAAAGAGAUAACUCUUCAGAACAGAGUCGAAUUGAUGCUAUCUGGAUCCCACAAAAAUGGG